CUCGCUCCAUCAACAAGCAGCAGGGAACACAACACAACUCGCCAUUCGUUGGCAGCAGCAGCCCAAGUCGCACCACAUAAGAUGGCACCACCCCCACCAUUUUCACUGUGUAAUCUGCGUCCGGGGAGCUUCUUUUCUGAACUAAAGCGUCGCUUUAGCCCUAUAGUCUCCGUCUGGCCGCUGCCGCUUCGCUUCACGCGCAACCUUGCGGGACGAUUCGUUGAGGACGGGCUUUUCUAGUCGCCGGACUCAGCGCCGAGAAAAAGGCGCCCGGUGCUGUCAUCGGAGAAGCCGCUUCGUGGCGAGCAGAAAUUGGCACAAUCAGCGGCCGGCGGAUUCGCGUUUUCCAACUCGGAAAAGAAAAAUAAAAACCGUUUUCCAACUCGGAAAAGUUGUCGCAGCGCAAUAAGUGAGCCUAUUUGUUCAACUCAAUCCGAGACGACACGUCAUCAUGGCGUCAGCGACGGGAAGACAGACGAAGGCCGUGAUGGGAUUUGUCUUCGUGCUGCUGCUGCUCGCUAGCAGCUUCGCGGAAACUGCGGACGCGGUGAGCCGGAGAGACAUCCGCCGCGCGCUGAAGAAGAUUCGGCGAAGCCCGCGCCUUCGAGCCUUCAACUUCAAGUCGUUUCUUGAAAAAUUUGUGCUCCUAGCGAUCAACCAGGACGGCCCCAUCACCCUCUUCCUCCCCACGGACCCCUACACCAUGUACAUGGCCUAUUCUAACGGUUACACCCUCACAGACUUCACCACUCUCGGCCAGAACAACAUGCUCCCCGAGUACCAUCUCUACAAGGAUUUUGCUAACGCUGCGGCGGGUACAAGCUACACUACUGUACUGGGCGAGGCUGUAAAGAAAUGGAAUGGUAAGGCCACGCAAUUGGUGGCUUUUAAGGCGGCUAAGGGUCUGCCGAGUCUCGUCAUAUGGCCCAACAUGUUCAAAGGGGACACUCUGGUGAUUCACCUCACGGCCCUAGCUUUGAUUCCAUCGUCCAUGUGACUUCCUCAUGGCAGGCCUCGCCAAUUGUCAAAUUCACGAUGAACAGAGCUGAAUUUCAAUGAAUCAGGAGGCAGCUUUUUGCUACCGUAAUCCCCCGUGUAUAACACCCGCUGAAAUAGUCACUCCAUGGGUGGUUAAUACUGGGGGGGGGGGGGUGCUUAUGAUAUGGUGUAAUUUUUAGAGCACCUGUUUUUCUGACAUUAAAUUUUACAUAACACC